CAAUUAUGAAGUGUUGUCGUUUGUUUACCACUCUAAAGAGAGCGUGGCUCCAGACAAGAGUGCUGGCGGCCUGCAGUGUGUAGGACGUGGCGUCGGAAAGCUGACGUGUGUCUGCGGCUGGCCUGGUGACGUGUCUCUCCGGUUCUGUCUCUUUCCUCUCGGAGCGGCUGAUGGAGCCACAUUGACUCCUUUCUGAGCACUUAAACUGGAAGCAGCUACAAGGCAGGAGUCGACUUAAGGACAUCAUGGGGAUAAAGUUUUUGGAAGUCAUCAAGCCUUUCUGUGCAGUCCUGCCAGAGAUUCAAAAACCAGAAAGAAAAAUUCAAUUUAGAGAAAAAGUACUAUGGACCGCCAUUACGCUAUUCAUCUUCCUGGUGUGCUGUCAGAUUCCUCUCUUUGGCAUCAUGUCUUCAGAUUCAGCAGAUCCCUUCUACUGGAUGAGAGUAAUCCUGGCUUCUAACAGAGGUACUCUGAUGGAGCUUGGUAUCUCACCCAUCGUCACCUCAGGCCUCAUCAUGCAGCUGCUGGCUGGUGCCAAGAUCAUCGAGGUGGGAGACACUCCCAAGGACCGAGCUCUCUUCAACGGGGCUCAGAAAUUGUUUGGCAUGAUCAUCACCAUUGGACAGGCCAUCGUCUACGUCAUGACGGGCAUGUACGGAGAUCCUUCAGAGAUGGGGGCUGGGAUUUGCCUCCUCAUCAUCAUCCAGCUUUUCGUCGCCGGUCUCAUCGUCCUGCUUCUGGACGAGCUUCUCCAGAAGGGCUAUGGUCUAGGAUCUGGUAUUUCUCUCUUCAUUGCCACCAACAUCUGUGAGACCAUCGUCUGGAAGGCCUUCAGCCCCACCACAGUCAACACGGGUAGAGGUACUGAGUUUGAGGGAGCCAUCAUCGCCCUCUUCCAUCUCUUGGCCACUCGUACGGACAAGGUGCGUGCCCUGAGAGAAGCUUUCUACCGGCAGAACCUGCCCAACCUCAUGAACCUCAUCGCCACUGUCUUUGUAUUUGCAGUGGUCAUAUACUUCCAGGGCUUCAGAGUGGACCUGCCCAUCAAGUCUGCUCGUUACCGGGGUCAAUACAACACCUACCCCAUCAAGCUGUUCUACACCUCCAACAUUCCCAUCAUCCUGCAGUCUGCCUUGGUCUCCAAUCUCUACGUCAUCUCUCAGAUGCUGUCGACGCGUUUCAGUGGAAACUUCCUGGUUAAUCUCCUGGGAACCUGGUCUGACACGUCAACUGGAGGACCAGCUCGGGCCUACCCGGUGGGCGGCCUCUGCUACUACCUCUCUCCUCCGGAGUCGUUUGGUUCUGUCUUAGACGACCCCGUUCAUGCUGUCAUCUACAUCGUCUUCAUGCUCGGCUCCUGCGCCUUCUUCUCUAAGACCUGGAUUGAGGUCUCAGGGUCCUCUGCUAAAGAUGUAGCGAAGCAGCUGAAGGAGCAGCAGAUGGUGAUGAGGGGACACAGAGAAACCUCCAUGGUGCAUGAACUCAACAGGUACAUCCCCACAGCUGCUGCGUUUGGAGGCCUCUGUAUAGGAGGGCUGUCUGUCAUGGCGGACUUCCUGGGCGCCAUCGGAUCGGGGACGGGAAUCCUCUUGGCGGUGACCAUCAUCUACCAGUACUUUGAGAUCUUCGUGAAAGAGCAAAGUGAAGUUGGCAGCAUGGGAGCACUGCUCUUCUAAAAGUAAACCUGCCAAUCCUCUUGACACACAUCAGACACAAAUAAUCCACCUGUCCUUGUUUUGUUUCUUGUUGUUUUUGUUCUGCACUUUGCUGCUCUCACUGGAGAAGACUGUCUGGUUUCCUCCCAGGGUUGAGUUUAGUAAUUAGUGUUGAAUCCUUUUAUUUCAGUAAUGGUUACCCAUGUCUCUGCAGGCUGCCUGAAUCCCCACUGACUGUCUCAUGGGCCCAAAAUGAUUAAAGCACACUAUCGUGAAGCUGGAUUUGACUUACCUCAGGCAUUUCUCAUUGUGGAGCGUAUAAGGAACACUAAGACAUGAGCGGUAUGUUGAGCUAAAGCUGGAAGCUUUGUUCCUGGACAUUUCAAAAGGGAUGGAUGGGAAGCCAGGUUCACCUGUCAGUCAUACCUGAGGUUUCUGGGGGCCUAGAUUAACAUGAGAGAGCAUCACAUGCUGGUACUCCUGAUAAUAAUCCAACUAUCGGCGACAUUCGUUUCAAUUUUUACUUUCAUUUGAACCGUAGACUGUUUAUACUCACCAUGGUCUGAUGCAGGGUACAGUGUGUCCACCGUUCCUGAGUCCUCAAAGGAAAGUGUGUGUUUGCGUGUGUGUCGUCUUGCUCUUGUAUUCCCAGACUAAGUCGCUGCGCAAAACUGCCGAGAUGGUCGGGAUGAGGGUUGGGUUGAUGGGGCUGAAGAAAGGGGUUUCAUUUUGUUUUUACUUUAUGUAAAACAUAAUUGUGUUAUUAAAAAAAUCAUUUGUUUUUCAA